ACUCUUGCCGACGCUCGCCCACCUGGCUCCAUCCCUAACCUACACUCUGAGAGCCGCACUAUACUGUCUCGUGCCAUGAACCCGCAGAUUUCCAUCACCUCCUACCCGUCUACUUCAACGCAAGACGACCGCCGCCCGUCCUACCCCGACGACAUGUCGACUUCCUCCUCCAACUCUUCCAUCAGCGACCAGGAGAUGAAGAACGACCCCACACUACAGGCCCGGCCCCGGCUAGGGAGCAGAAAGUCGAGCGGCACCAUCAUAAUACCCCGCGACAGCCCCAACGUCGAGAUGAAGGAGGAAGAGGAGGAGUACGACGACGGCGAUGCGCGCACCAUGAGCCCUCGCCGGAGUAGCGAAGAGAUUGAGAAGAUGGGCCAGGAUGCUCGGCAAGCUCUGAUAGAACAAGCAAAAGCCCUCCAAGCCAGCCUCAUGCAGAUUGUCGACCGUGUCGAGGUUGUCAAGAACGAACACGAGAAGCUCGAGGGCGGCAACAAGUUCCUCCAAUCAUAUAUUGGCGAGCUGAUGCAGACCAGCAAGCUCACCUCCACGGGCGCUGGCAAAGCGUCCAAAGUCAAGGGCAAGGGCAGGGUCAUCAAAUAACAAUCAGUCCUCGUCUUCCUUCCCACAGGCACUGCGAGCGUCCACCACGUCGGCAUUCCUCCCAGGCCCCGACUCAUCAUGGACGCUACUCGCCUCUCGAACCCCCACUACCACGCAAUCAUGAUGGUCUACUGCCUCACGUACUGACCAUCACCACCUCGUUCCAAUACACGAAACACGCACGUUGACACCGCGUUUAUGAGCAUCUGCAUAGCGGCACAGGAUUGGGGAACCGGCGUUCGUCAUUACACUUCGAUUCAGCAUACAGCUUCUGUCUUACCACCCUUUCGACAACUAUUUGAACUCGGCUCCGCUCGGCUCAGUGUUGUCGCGCUCCAUUUUGCGAUUAUACCACGGCACAUUGCGCCCUUGACCAUUGGGUUUUACCUUACAACUUUACACUUUCACCCGACCACUUCACGGGGCUAUGGCGA